AAAAGACCUUGCCAAAGGGGGAAACCAGCUGCUGCAAUGUCGCAAUCCUUUCUCCCACCUUCUCCUUCCUUGCCUACAGUAACAUUACAGAACACGAGGAGGAGAGGCGGGUACAGCGGCGGUAGCAGUGGUGCCACGGUUGUUUACCAGUGCUGUUUUACUCUUCUUGCUUGCCCUCUUCCUCGCUGGCGGAGGAUUUGCAGUGGCGGCCGCGGGGGCGGUGUUUGGAAGAAGAAGAUCGUCGUCAUGAUUGUUGUCUUGAUAAUGAUGAUGACGCGGCGGCGAGAACAGAGCACCGCCGUCCUCGAGGUGGGAGCAGCAUUGGGUGGUAGCGGCAGGGGCGCCAAAGCAGAGCAUCGAAGGAGGAGGAGGAGCAGAGUGGGGAGGAUGGACAUGCGCGGCGUCAAUGAUCAUGUGACGAGGAGGAUCGUCGUCGCUGGAGCAGAGGAGUUGGGAGAAUGUGGUCGGGUUCGGUCCCCCUAACAGAUAAUCGCCACUGUCGUCUUCGUCAUCGUCUUGUUGAUCUGCUGCUGCUGCUCCGGCCUUGACCAUCCGAUGGUUGUGAGGAUGAUGGCAGUGAACAGAGGAAGGAGUCAUGGCGGUGGUCUGCUGCUCGUCAUCGGUCAUCAUUUAUACAUGCGGUUAAAGAAGCAAUAGUAGUAGUGGUUAACUCCUUACCACAUCAGAGACCAGAGAGAGAGAGAGAGAAAGGCGGAUGGAGGAGAGGACUGCUAAACUAGUGUGCAGAAGAAAGGAAAUGAAGUUGGGAGUUGCGAGGGGAGGUCUUCUUCUUCCGCUUCCGUUUCCAGAUAGAGAUUUUCGAGGCAGAGAGAGAGAGAGAGAAGGUUGGGGUUCGGGUCAGGCGGGUGGCGUUUUUCCACUGUUGCCGUCUGGUCUCUGGUUACACUCCUUUCUUUCUUUGGCUUUCUUGUUCAGGUGAGCAGUCAGCUGGUGAGGUCAGGUGCCA